AUGGAUGAAAAAUUAGCCAAGGAAAAGGCAAUUAAUGAGUGGCUUCCAAUUAUUUCUUCGAGGAAUGCAAAAUGGUGGUAUUCGGCUUUUCACAAUGUUACGGCCGAGGUUGGAGCUGGUGUUCUCGGUCUCCCUUAUGCCAUGGCUGAGCUUGGAUGUUUUGGUCCUGGUAUAGUUAUUUUGGUCCUUUCAUGGGUCAUCACAUUGUACACACUAUGGCAAAUGGUUGAGAUGCAUGAGAUGGUUCCAGGGAAACGUUUUGAUCGUUACCACGAAUUGGGUCAGCAUGCAUUUGGUGAAAAGCUUGGUCUUUACAUUGUGCUAGUAGGAUAUUACAUAUAUGGAAAUUCAAAUGAUGACAACAUCCUCGUCUCAUUGGAAAGACCCAAAUGGCUAAUUGCAAUGGCCAACAUGUUUGUUGUCGUCCAUGUUAUUGGAAGCUAUCAGGUUUAUGCAAUGCCAUUGUUUGACAUGAUGGAAACUCUACUGGUAAAAAAGUGGGAUUUCAGGCCAAGUUUUAUGCUUCGCUUCAUUUCACGAGCUUCAUAUGUUGCAAUUACCAUGUUUGUCGGAAUCAAAUUCCCUUUCUUCAGUGGUCUCCUUGGAUUUUUCGGAGGAUUUUCUUUUGCCCCAACAACAUAUUUUCUCCCUUGCAUAAUGUGGCUUGCCAUCUACAAACCAAAGAGAUUCGGCUUAUCCUGGUGGUGCAACUAUAUCUGCAUAUUCUUUGGUGUUCUUUUGAUGGUUCUAUCACCAAUUGGAGGGCUGAGAUCAAUCAUAGUUCAAGCCAAGACCUACGAGUUCUACACUUAAGCAGUUGAUCAUCAUCCUUCCAAGCGAAAAGCCUGGAAAAGGGUAGUAGUAGUUUUUAAAAGAAAAGAAAAGAAACACGGAGCCGUUUCUGAUGAACGUGAUGAAGAAAGCUUGAGCAGCAAGUAAGCUGUGGACAAAGAAAUAAAUAAGGUUUGUUUA